AUGAUGGUAUCGGCUGCAACAAUUCAAUGUACUUCCCAGCAAACUCGAUUUCAUAUCGAAUCUCCCAAUUACCGCGAGCUCGACAUAAAAGGACUGCAAAUUCUCGUUACAUCAGGGGACAAGAAGUCCACCACAAAGGGGAAGUCCAAAGCGAAAUCUAAAGAUGGUAUCGAGAUUUUAUCCAACGCGGAAUUGUCACUGAAAGAAGGUCGGCGAUAUGCUCUCGUCGGUCGAAAUGGGACCGGGAAGUCAACACUUCUGAGAAGUAUAGCAGAGAAGCUCAUCCCAGGGAUACCAGAGAAUACAAAAAUUGCUAUCCUUCAGCAAACCAGGCUGACGGAUGGGGCUGAUGGUCCCAAGCCAGCGGGUGGAGAUAGUAUAGGUCUUAGUGUCCUACAGACCGUGAUAGAGAGAGCCACGUCUAGGAGUACUAUCGAACAAGAGAUACUGACCCUGUCUCAGGGAAUCGAUACUUCGGAUCCUUAUGCUCCAGUUAAAGCGCUUCGAUCGCUGAAACAUGAGCGCCUCCAAAAACGCCUUUUCAUAUUGGAUAAAGAUGCUCGACUUCGCAGUGGUAUGCGAGGUAUGCAAGCCAGGAAAGCGCUUGUGGCUUUUGAGAAAGUUGUUGCUGAAUCAAAGAGAAUGCUAGAACAACCCAGCGAAGACAUAUCAGCCGAAAUCCUACAGCAGGAGACUCAGGAGGCAGUGGAUAUGCUCGCGCAUCUUCAAGCACAAAUCGAACCAGCUCUCGUUGCACACACAGAGACUAGGGCGCGAAGUAUUUUGACUGGAUUAGGCUUUUCAUCUGCAAUGAUGGCAAAGCCCAUCUCCGACUUAUCGGGCGGUUGGCACAUGCGAGCAGCUCUUGCAUCUACACUUCUACAGGAUGCCGAUAUAUUGAUUCUCGACGAACCCACAAACUUCCUCGACAUGUUGGGCAUUAUCUGGCUUCAACGGUAUCUCACCUCGCUGGGGGAGAACAGAAAGCCACCUACCAUGAUCAUCGUCUCCCACGAUCGAGACUUCGUCAGUCUCUGCACGGACCUGAUCAUUCUCAAAGAUAAACAACUCACGUACUUCCACGGAGACCUACCGACAUACGAGACAUCGCAAUCCGAACGACGAAAAUACCUUACGACGAUGAAGGAAGCGCAGGACAAGCAGAAAGCCCACAUUGAGAAGACGAUCGCAGCCAACCUCAAAGCAGGCAAGGCAAACGACGAUCAGAACAAGAUCCGACAAGCAAAGUCACGCCAGAAGAAACUGGAUAAUCGCUGGGGCAUGGAAGUCGGUGCCAGGGGCGGUAGGUUCAAGUUGAAUCGCGACCUAGUUGGCUACCACUUUACUGCUCGAGAUGAGAUCGAGAUACCCCCCGAAGAACGCCCUGUUAUGAUAAAUCUACCCGAACCGCCUGAUUUACGAUUCCCAGGAUCGCUCAUAACCCUCGAAAAAGUCAGCUUUCGUUACUCGGCUACGUCUCCGAUCGUCAUCCGAGAUGUCGACCUCUCGGUCGGUAUGGGAGACCGAAUAGGGAUACUGGGGCUGAACGGCGAGGGCAAGUCAACACUGAUCCAAACAUUGGUGGGCGAAACGAAUGUGACACAAGGAACAAGGAACAUUCAUCCUCGCCUACGCCUGGGAUAUUACUCUCAGCAUGGCGUCGAGGCCUUGCAAGCCCUUGGUGCACAGGAGGAGACGCUCACAGCGCUGACACUAUUGACGCGGGAGGUUAAUGGGGAAUUGACAGAGGGUGAAAUCCGCGGCCUCUUGAGCCAGCUUGGACUUCCCGGACGUUUAGCCUCCGAUGUACCUAUUCGCAAGCUGUCGGGUGGACAGCUGGUUCGCUGUGCACUGGCACGGUUGUUCUGGCGUCGACCCCAUUGUCUUGUUCUGGAUGAGGUUACGACUCACUUGGACUAUGAGACUGUUACGGCGCUGAGACGCGCACUUAAUGAAUGGGAUGGGGCGGUUGUUGCCGUUAGUCACGAUAGAUGGUUUAUGAGGGGGACUGUGGAGGGGGUUGUGGAUGGUGGUCAAUCGGAGGGUGAGGAGGAUGAUAGUGAGGAUGAGUUAGAAGAAAGGAGGAGAGUCAUAUGUAUGGUACGUAGUGGGGAGUUAAGUGUCCUGGGGCGCGGUGUUGAUGAGUUUGAGGAACGGAUGGAAAGGCGUGUGAGGAAGUUGAUUGACUAGCCCCAAAUUAGGGUGUGCGGUGAAAGUGCCAACAGGGGAACAUUCAUUUAGCCUGAUAUUAUUGGGCCAUAUCUGGACAGGUGAAACUCAGGGUAAUCUCGGCAGUUAUAGGCUAU